AUGGCGGCGGCGGCGGCGGGAGCCUCGGGGUCGGGGCGGCAGCCGCGGGCGACGCCGGUGGGGCAGGAGGAGCUAUAUAAUAGUUUGGGAAACUUAAGUUGUGCUUUGUGCAAUGUGCCUGUGAAGACUGAGUUGUUGUGGCAGACACACGUUCUUGGAAAGCAACACAAAGAGAAAGUUGCACAGUUAAAAGGUCUCAAGAAGUCCGUCCCGGCAUCCACGCCCGAUGCACCGUCGUCUCUCAAAAGGAAACCUGCAGACACGGAACCUCCAGAGCAGAAGAAAGCGAAAGCUGCAGGUGACUGCCCACAUACUGUUCCAUCUGGGCUGCCGGCAGACUUCUUUAGCAAAACGAAACCGGCAGAUGCCGGAGGAGUCUCUUCAAGAGAGGCAAGCCACGGUUUGUUGCUGAAAGACGAUGAGGAUGACGAGGAUGAAGAAGAAGGGGAGGAUGAAGAAGAAGGGAAAGAGCUCAACAGCAAACCGCCUCUUUCGCCCUCGGCUCAGAAUACAAUGACUUCAGCCCCUCUUCAGAAAGCUGCAGCUGACCACUUGGAAAACAAAACUGCAGCGGCCCCUGUGCCUCUGGUCUCCCAUUCUGGCUCAAUACAGAAAGCAGAAGUACAAGAAAAGACUGUGGAAAGGAGAGAGAACACAGCCGAAGCCUUACCGGAGGGAUUUUUUGACGAUCCUGAAGUGGACGCUAAGGUGCGAAAGGUCGAUGCGCCAAAAGAUCAGAUGGACAAAGAAUGGGAUGAAUUCCAGAAGGCCAUGCGACAAGUCAACACGAUUUCAGAAGCUAUAGUGGCCGAAGAAGAUGAAGAGGGGCGACUCGAUCGUCAGAUUGGGGAAAUUGAUGAACAGAUUGAGUGCUUCCGCCGUGUCGAGCAGCUGCGUGACCGCCAGGAGAUCAUGAGAGAGAAGCUGAAGGAAGCGAUGCGCCUGAGAGCCACCCGGGCGGAAGAGGACGACGAUCUCGGCAGUGAGGACGAAGGGGAGCUGCAGGACUUGCUGUCUCAGGACUGGAGGGCCAAAGGGACUUUGCUGUAGCACCCAGUCGAAGAGGAGCGAAUCUCCUGCGUGAGGCUACUCUUGGAUCGAGUCAUAACCAUUUGGUAAAGUAUUUAUUUGGCCAGGUGUUAAAAAUCUAUUGUAAAAUGUGUUGACCAGCUUAAAAUAGGGGGGGAAUGUAAAAAUUGUACAAUAUAAAUCUUUUUUUAUAAAGUCAGAUGUAGCUUUCCUAUUAAAAUACAUAGAAAAUGUUCAUUUCCUCUGUAAAUCAAGUGUAGCCUGUGAUGCGUCAGCUCAGUCUUUAAGUGCUCAUCAGUGUGUUUUGUUUCCGUUGGCAGCUGCCGAGCA